UUUCUAGUCAUCUACACAAAAGCAAACACCUUUCCACUAUUUAGCCUUCUCCCAUAUUCUCUUUCAGUCUUCACAAUCUUCUCAUUUCUUUCAUCAAUUCUCCAUAUUUUCAACAACACAAACUCUAAAGAAAAUGAGAAACUUAUUUCCCAUAUUGAUGCUAAUAACCAAUUUGUCACUCAACAACGACACUACAAACAACAGCAACAACAACAAUAAUAAUAAUCUCAUCCAUACGACCUGUAGGGCCACUCCCAACUACUCCCUAUGUCUCACCACCUUACAAUCUGAUCCACGUAGCUACAAGGCCGAGGGUGGUGAUGACAUCACCACCCUAGGCCUCGUCAUGGUGGACGCGGUGAAAUUAAAGUCCGUACAAAUAACGGAAAGGAUAAAAGAGCUCGAAAAAUCGAACCCUGAGUGGAGGGUUCCACUUAGCCAGUGUUACAUGGCGUAUUACGCCGUGCAACGUGCCGAUGUAACCGUAGCCGUUGAAGCUUUGAAAAAAGGAGUGCCUAAAUUUGCUGAAGAUGGUAUGGUUGAUGUUGUUGUAGAGGCUGAAACUUGUGAGUAUAGUUUUGAGUAUAAGAAGUUGGUUUCUCCAAUAUCUGAUAUGAAUAGGGACAUAAUUGAACUCUCAAAAGUGGCUAAAUUCAUAAUCAGAAUGUUAUUAUGAGGUGGGAAAUAAGUCAAAUUUGCGGUCCAGUGCAUGAAGCUCUUGCUAUGUGUGAGGUCUAAUGAAGGAUCAGAUUAUAUUGGCUCUAUCGUGCGCAACUUCGUGAACUUACAUUUCUACAAGGGGUUAUGUUUUUCUUGCCAUCUUUCUAUACUAGUUUAAUUGUUUUUUUUUUUCUCUCUUCAGAUUCCAGUGUCUUUUUGUGUGUGUGUGUCUGUGUAUAAAAGAUUGUGAAUUUAUCUAACAUUAAACAAAUGUAGAAAAUA